AUGCGUAAACUGUACCAUUCACCUGUCGAGAGUGUGGGAAAACGUUUUCCCGAAAAGAUAACCUUUUCCGACACAUGCGUUGCACUCAUGAGAGAGGAGCGACCACAUGUUUGCGAUAGGUGCAGUAAAUCAUUCACAAGACAUGAGAAGUUGAAACAACACACAUGUGCCCUAUCGCAGCAAAGACUAUCAGAAUAUCGAUGUAGCAAAUGCCCCGAGGUGUUCCCCUCUCCCCAUGACUUGACAGUGCAUUUUCGACGGUUUCACUCUAGUGGCGCAUCACAGGCGUCACGUGAUGAUGCACAGCCGUCUACCUCGAGAGGAGUAUCGAUUAGUGAGGGGACAAACCACCCUACACCGUCCACCUCCUCGGCCAGGCUGCAAGGACGAGAAAGUCUCGUGCUAGUGGAGCUCCCUUGUCUUCCCACGUCGCAGCAUUGGAUGGUUGUACCUGCCGGGCAUGUCAUAGGCGUUUCGAGGAUCGGUUGUCUCUCUACCGUCAUCAGAUGAUAGAGGGACACCGCGUCCUACCAUCACAGUCCGGCGGGAGUAGGGAUACUGAUGCUGCUGCUGGCAGUGAGCUCCAACCACGUCCAUGGGGAGAAGGUCCCGCUCCAUGGGUAGACGAGAGCACUGGCGAGGUGACGGAGCCCGGACUCCAGGAAGCCUAUGACCUGGACGCUCCGUA